UGCUGAUUUGAAGCAGACACAAAAUUUAAGGUUAGCUCAUAUGUGUGAAUAACAAUGUCGUGUUGAUUGAAAUGCACAAAGUAUUCGGAAAAUAAGAAAAAGACAUACCUAUCACAAAAUGGGUGUCAUGGUAAACGGUGAUAGUGUUAAACGUGAUGAAUAUGACUUCCAUAGAAAAGCAGGAAGAAGUAUUAUUGAGCAUCGACCUGUCUUUUCGCCCGAUGGAGAAUCACUAGCAAUCAUAGUAGAGAAUAUAGUUCGAGUGUACAAUGUGUACACAGCUGAAUGUGUUCGGACGCUUGAAACUGAAAAUGAUGUGAAUGAGCUGAUUGGCCUACAGUUCCCUGAAAAUGAGGAUUAUAACCUGUAUGGAUGCUCAGACACAGGCAAUGUUACAGUUUGGACCUGGGAAAAUGGAGCAGUCCUCAAAGAAAUUAAAUUACUUAUACCAGAAAAUGCAAAAGUGAUGACAUUUGACCUAGUAGACAGUAACGAAUGCUGCAUCACUCUGAAUGUUCCAUAUCUAAAUCAUAUUGUCUUAAGUACACACUCCCUGAGGACUGGAGAACUGAUAUAUGAGUACUUGGACACCAGACCUAUGUACCAUGAUAUGGUCCGAGUAUCAAUUGGGAUGUGUAACGGUGAUAAGUAUGCAGCAAUAGUUAAUGGAACCAAGUUUUUGUAUAUACAGAAUUUACAUCAGCCUCAUAUUAAGACACAAAUAAUAAAUCAUAAUGAAUACCGCAUAAUAUCAGUGGCAGCUCAUCAGAGGGUGCAGAACACUGUGGUUAUUACAGACACUUUGGGCCGUACAACAGUCAUCAGAGGGAAUUUGUAUGACUACAAACAAGUGGCUAGAGAAGUACUGCAUUGGCAUUUUUUGCCACCACUUGCAUCAUGCUUCUCUGCACAUGGCAAUUAUUUGUACACUGGUGGAAUGGAGAAAGUCUUGGUCAAAUGGACUCUGGGAAGCUUGGCUAAUAAAGCUAAUGAAAAGGCUUUUAUGCCCCGUCUACCAGGAAUAAUUAGAUAUAUUACAACAAACAAUAAUCAUGUUGCUUUAACAUUGACAAAUAAUUCCAUAGUGAUAGCCAACGCUCAAGUGCGGGUAGUGUCGACGAUCCUGGAGUGCGGCGGCGUAUCGCCGGCGGGCCGCGCGGUGGGCGGCGCGCUGCUGUACGUGACGCCGCUGGCCGCGCUGCUCACGGCCGGACGCACAGGCCAUCUGCAGCUGUACUCCACUACUACCGACAAAGUCUUGUAUAAUUUAGACAUAACAGAAAUGAAUAAUUUACCAUCAGAAAGGUGGAACUUGUUGCCUUUAGAAACGGAAGUGAGCUGCGCCGCUGUCAGCGGUAACGGGGAGUGGCUUGUGACGUCAGAGUACAGAAAUGACGGUAUCACAUACCCAGAGGAGAGGCUCAAGUUCUGGCUCGCACAGCAGAAAAGCGCGAAGCCAUUCCAACUUAACACCUGUGUCAACCUCUCCCACGGAGGCUGCAAUGUAGUCUCUCUGUCACUUAACUAUAAAGGCGAAAUUUGCGUAUCAGCCGGCUCAGAUCAAAAAUUCAGAAUAUGGAAAAAAGAGAACACUUCUCAAACUAAUCGCAAAAAGGUCUCCUGGACUUGCUUGACAGCUUGCUACUAUUCAUCUGGCAUCGGACAGUUUGUGUCAAACAGCGUGUAUAACGACUUUAAAGAUGCCAUCAAGAACAGGCCUGGCCGAGACGAAGAUUUGCCUUACUUACGUCACGUUGACGAACGAAAUGACGUCAUAAAGAAGCUGUUUAACAUACACAAGGAUCCUACUCUGGUUCGUGAUGCGGAAUUGAAUCUUCCAGUAAAACAGGACACUAAUUUUGAUAUGGGAGGUGUAGCGAUAUCGCAAGACGGCUCCCUGAUCGCUGCGUGGUUUGGAAGCAAGUUGACGCUAUGGGACGUCCAUCUUUGCAACCUUCGGACUACGUUAUCUCAUCCCGCGUUGCGACCUAAAGGCAUUCAUGUCCAGUUUGGGAACAGAGAUGCUGCUCAUUACUUGGUGUGCACAACGGAAAAAUGCCUAGCAGUUUGGAGUUUAUUAUCUUUAACCGUAAAAUGGUUGGUACAAAUAAAACCUACCUGUCUAACGGCACACAGGUUCUCGAAUAAAUUAGCUGUAGCGACGACUACUAAUGAUGUAUACAUAUUCACGCCUCACAGUUCCGAGCCUAUAUUGACUAAGAAGGAAUUAAUAGAUCCAUCUUCUGGUGUAUUCAAACAAUGUACUUUUGGAACGUGCUUCGAUGAUGAAAUCAGACUGUAUCUUAUGAGGAACAAUUCCGAGAUCUACUGCAUAGAGAAAGAACAAUCAUCAGACGGUCGUUUAGAGGUUAUAUCCCAGCGUAAGUUACCGACAUCGAACUUCGGCGCGUUGUUGGCUGAACAACAACUGUCUGAGGUGCAGACGCCGAGAACGGCUGAGGCCACUUCGAUCGAUCUCAACAACCUCGCCAGUUCUACUAUUGUUGAGUUUUCCUUGGCUGCACCCCACAUGGUUCCACCCGUUAGCCUUCUAUGCACGUCAUUCCUACAACGUUUAUCCGGAGUAGAAAUAAAAGAACAGUCCGAUGAUACCGAGGAAACCAAACCAAUGGAAGUUGACGACGAUUCAAGUGAUGACGAUGACUCCAGUGAAGUAAAGCUAAAUGGCCCUUAUGCACCAAAGGUCACAGAACUAUGGACCCCGAAUUAUGAAGCUGUUAAAGAGAAAAAGUUGAACAAAAUCAUGCACGAACCCUUCCUAGACUUGCAUUCGACGGGAACUUUGUUUGGCGUGUAACCUUUUACUUUAAGUAAAAUAAAUUUUAUACACAAUAAUUAA